AUGCAUUUAUUAAUGAUUAUUGAACGAGUGUGUCGAAAACAUAAUAUACCAUUUUUAUUAAUUUAUGGAUCAUUAUUAGGCUCAUAUAGACAACGUGAUGUUAUUCCAUGGGAUGAUGAUAUUGGUAUAAUGAUACCUAUUGAAGAACAUACUCGUUUUAUUAAUAUAAUUAAACAAAUGAUUAUGAGAUCAUUCGGAGAAUUAUGGUUACCUACACUACGCAAACCUCAAGAAAUUUUUAAGUUCGAUCCAUUUGAUGAUUGUAAAGGACAUACUUGGAAUCAUCGAAAUGAAAUAGGGCAAAAAGAAAUUUACUUUAAAUGUAAUGAUCUUAAACAUAUUUAUCCAUUUGUUGAACGACAGAAUCAAUCAGAUUCAAUGAAAAUUUUAAGAACAAAUGACACUAUCAUUCAUACUGUUUUUUUUAUAACUAAUAUUUUUUUUUGUUUUCGAUUCAAUUAUCAAGGAAAAUUUUCAUAA